AUGAUUUCCCAUGCUUCGAAUAGUCGAUUAGAAGUAGUGGUUGAAGAUCCGGCAUUCAUUGAUUGCUUAAGUGACAUUGACGAUGCCGAUUGCGUAUACCUGAUUAAAGAGAAUGAAAUUAUUGUAUUCAACACCAGGAGUGCUACCACCAUCUCCAGAAGCAGAGUUAAUUUAGAGAAUACAGUGGCUGUAUGUUUAUCUAAGUAUGGUUCACCGAGAUCGAAAUAUUUGGUUGCCCUAAAGUCCACCGGGGAAGUCUUAAUGUUUAGGCUGCCAGAUCUUUGUCUUCUCAACAAGAAACGGCUGAAAUACAACAAGCCUAUUUCCAAUGAAACAUUUACAUUUUUCGAUAGCAAGUACGAGCGCCUUCACAUUUGUGUGGGUAAUCAAGAAAUGCUCUAUGUUGAUUCUUGGGCCCUCCUUAGUCCGCAAUCUGGAGUUCAGGGUCACAUUUUCUACCAAACUGCGAGCGAAAUAAAGAAAUGCGCGUGUCUGAGUCUGCGAGACGGCGUAUACUUGAUAUCGAAAAAGGAUGUGAUAGAUAAUCGUUUAAAACUCGAAAUGGUCGACUUCGAGAUAACGGCUUCGCAAAACCAAACGAAAACUCGUGAGGGCUAUGGCUCGAUUGAAAAAAUUGUUACAGAGCUAGCCGGGAGUACCUCAGAUAAACUACUGGGCUUUUUCGUGUUUAACAAACCUCGAUUGGCUGUCGUGGUUACCUCCAGAACACUUUUUGUUGCAGUAAGAAAUCGGUAUACAAAAUAUGAUAAUCGAGGCUUAAAGAAGAUGUAUGCAUUAUCAAGCGAGGACAAGAUAUCGAUCAAUGUCGACUGUCAUUUUGGAAACAACUACUUGAAGCUGGCUAUGUUUGAUAAUCGCGGUAAUAUCUACAGCACUGGCUUCGGUCUUUGGUGUGAAGAUAAGAAUAUUAUGUGGCGUCGAAUACAACUCAAAAAGUUUCCUGGUAAGAUAUCUGAUCUUUGUUUUUGCAAGAUUCUUUCUAAGACUAGUUAUGUUCUCAAUUCAUUACAAUUAGGCUGCAUAGUGCUUGAGUCAGAGAAACAGAAGGUUUUGUAUCAUAUGCCAUGUAAUCAGCUCACCUACCUUGAUGCCAUAGUCACAAACGAACUCGGUAGUGAUGAUAUAAGUAGUCUUGUUGCUUGUGGUGGAGUGGCUACGGACUUGGGGUUUGUUGAGUGCAUUUCCAAAGUGCUAUCGAAAGAAACACUGAAAAUUAUCGAGAUUGACGAGCACUACGAAGAUCAAGGCAUUCAAGACUUUUGGCUUACAGCAAAUGAAAUUGAGACAACUGAUAUAUUUACUCAGAGUAAGGAUGCACCUUGUCAUAUCUCAUGCGAAAAGGUCAGAUUAAGUUGCGAGCAUGCAUUGUGUGCCUUGCAGUUGACCGAGACAAAUGAUAUGUUUCUUUACCUUGAUACAAACUUUUUACUUCACUUUGUAAAAAAUGGAACUGAUGAGAAGAUGGCAACUCCGCUACCAGGUUUAAGUCGUAGUGAGAUGGUUUCUCUUGCCGCCAGUAAAAAUACCGACCACCGUGGAGUACCUCAAAUUAUAGUGAUAGCUGAAGGUAACAAGCUACAUGUUUCGGUGAAUGGCGUCAUAACGAUAGCUAUUGUUGCAAACGGCUCGAAUAUACGAAACGUGUGUCUCAAGCAACUGUCUACAACAACGGAUCCUAUUAUAGUGAUGAGCGAUGAUAGCGGUUUAGUUUCCAUACUAUCGUAUUCACUGCUAGAGAAAAAUAUCUGUAUCUUAAAGAGGGUUCAGUUUGAGGAUGAUGUGCCGGCACAGCUUUGUGAUAUUAGAAGCACUUUUGAAGAGCAAUGUCUAGUAUUUGUUUACAACAGACUCAAAGUACGAAUUCUGGAUGUCUUAAGUGGGUUUUAUCACGCAUGGCCCUAUGAUUAUAGUGUCAAAUUGAUAAAGCCGAGGGGAACUAACAAAUUUGUCGUCUUGACUGUUGAUGACAUUCUUAUCACGGUACAACUAAGUCGGGUAUUGGCCUCUGAAUGGAAACGGCGCAAGACAGAUAUGCAUAAUCAAAUUAUUACACAUGUACUAGAGCUGGAGAACCCGCGAUAUGUCGUCUUAACAAGCCAAACCAUCGACAAUGUUUGCAGACUUGCAAUUUUUGACACCGAGGCGCUUCAAAUAAUGAGCGAGUACACUUUGCCAAGUGCUGGUACAGUAAGAAAACUUUUAAAGCUUCGAAGUCCGUACAAACACGAGAUCGUAGUAUCUUUCAGCGGAAAAUCGCCAAACUCAGAUUGCUUGCUUAUAAUGUCGGUGUUGCAAAGCAAACUCGUUCAUAAUUUUACUCAUAGAGUAGAAAAAGCGUCCUGUGCGCUGGCUCAAAUGGGCAACCAAAUAACCCACGCCGGUGCUAAGAUACUUACCUUCGAACUGCAGAAGGAAACAGAUAAAUGGACUGUCGCAGUAAUUGGCCAACCUUUCUUGGGGACCGGCCCAUUAUCCAUGACAUGUUCUAUGAGUUACGAUAAUAUGCUAGUGGUGCUGGACGCGACGGUAGGUUUAUGCGUGUAUGAUUUGAGCUUAAAAAAACGUGUGCAUCGAACUUCAACAAACGGUUUGUCAAGCGAUCACUUUUAUGAUAAUGCAGCAGUGUUAUGCGUAAGUAGAACACCAGGCUGUAGUAUGGCUGACUACAAAUCGCUCUUUAGCCCUGUCAAAAGAUCAGGAACUCAAUUAAGCUUGUUGAAUUUACAAAGAUCCGUUUUGUCAAUUUGGGAAAUCAAUGUUGCAGCCACUAAAAGCAGAUCCUCUGUAGAUGACGCUAUCAUCUCCAUAAGAGAGCAUUCGACAAUGCAAUUACCAUCCUCGCGACCAAUCACGAAACUGAAGCAAAUCAGCUCUUCACUAUGUGUUGUAUGUGCCAGAGGAGGAAUUUCGAUUCUAAACAUAGCUAAAUAA